AUCAGACGAUCUCCAAAAACCGAGGCCUAUCACACGAAGCAUCUCUCUUAUCUGUAUCUAGACUGCUUAGAAUUACUGUUCACAGAUAAAACAACCCUAGAACUCCGUAUAAACGGCCUCAUUCGCUUUUCUCUUGUCCGACAGAGAAUUGAAGUAUAUAUGUGAAGGAUAAUUCUGUCAACAUGCUUUCAUCUUUAAGAUUGGAAAGGAAUAUGAAAUAUUGAUGAUGAUCCUGGACCGACAUGCUAUGAGGAAAUGACCACAGAUAUCCUCUGAACGUGCGACCAAAGCUCAGAAAAUAUGGCUGCUAUACCCAUUACAUUAAUCUUUUGCCUCACCACCAUGCAUUCAGUGUUCUGCCAACUGUCACCAGGUUCAAAUUCCACAACAGACAUAGAUCCCCUGGAAGAGUCCAUUGUAAAAUCAAUUCUGCGAACCGUUGACGAGAAGUUUGAAUCUUUAAGUACCCGGAUGAUAUCAAUGGAGCGCGGAAUAAGUACAUUGCAAUAUUAUAAUCUGAGACAGUUUCGGACAGUGAAUACACAUCUUCAUACACUGGACAAUCUUCUCCAAAAUAUGCAUUCACGAAUCGAGCAACAAGACGUCAGCAAUCAAGAGAUAGCCACAUCGGUCAUGCUUUUGAAACGAGAAGUAAAAAACAUGGAAAUGAUGAGCAAGGAAUCUUUCAACAAAAUGGACGGACAUUUAGUCACUAUGACGAGGAAUGUCAACAAAAGAAUAGGACACGUUCAGCAGUCGGUCAUUAAUGCUCUUAACGAUACGGGAGUUCAACAAAACGAAGUAGCUAGUGCGCUGAGAGAGAUUGUGGUAUCCGAACGCGAUAGAACAAAGCAGAUAUGUUCCGAAUCCUUACUGAAAGUAGAGACUAGAAUUGACAACUUACAAAACAUGACAAUGAGUAAAAUAGAGUAUUUGGAAGGUGUAACAAUGAAUGCUGUCAGUAAUAUGAAUUUAACUUUCGAUCCUGUUAAUAUAGAUAUCAAUGCAACUGCCCGGAAGCUUCUAGAGGAUAGACUUCAAGAAUUCAAUGCUAAUGUUCUGGAUUCCAUUAAAUUUUACCGACACACUGGUGAUUUGGUCGAGCGAAUCGUGGGUGCAACUGAGACAGUAGCAGACGACCAGACGAAAUUGCGUGAGGACAUUAAUCAUUUCAUGCAGGUACAAGUUAAUUUGACAAAAGUUAAUGUUCAGGGUGAGGAAAAGGUGGACGAUGAAAUCAGCAACGUGAUAAAUGACAACAUUGACGAUGUAAUUGAGGAAAAGCCCCCUGGGAAGACCUGCGAAUUUACUUCAAAUUUAAUGGACGAAAUUCAACUAUUAUAUCGAAAUGGAUCCCAGGUCUUAGAUGUUAUUGCCGAGAUGACGAGAUCUUCGCAGAAUGAACUCCGAACCACCAUACAACAGCUCAACAACGAGGUGUUCAAACUUCAAGAGAUGAGAAACGAGGAGGGAAAGCCCCACCCAGAGAUGCUGAGCGGACACUUAGAUUACCAGGUGGAGGAGGUGACAAACAACACACGAGCCGUGUUUCACAUUGUGGAGGCCAUCGCUUCUAACACGGGCUGGAUUCCGUAUAUCUUCUCUAGCUUACAAUUUCUGGAAAACCAGAUUAAUCAAACGCUACUCACCACAAAGAAAGUAUUGAAUGUCGCUAUUUCACAGGACAAAUUUAAUCCCAAAACUACGAAUAGUGGAAAUCCUUUUACUAAGCGACAAUUGUCAGACGACCCCAACCUGAAUUUAAACAAAGCUCGAAAUCAGGAGGUGAAACAUUCGCUGUCAGAAAAAGAAAUGGAAUCUUCAGAUGUUACAUGCUUUUAUAACAAGACACAGGAAUUCCGGGAGAAAUUGGAUUUUGUUUAUCAGACGAACAGAAAAAUGCACCGAAUACUCCCAGAGUUGACGAGACUGCUUGGAGAACCGGAGCCGUUUGUCGCUUUGGUUGACGGAGAGAGUGAAUAUGAGGGCCGAGUAGAAAUUUACAAAAAGGGACGCUGGGGGACAAUGUGUAAACCCCUUACUCAUGUCGAGGCUUCCUACAUCUGCCGCCAUCUUGGAUAUCUAGGGGGAGUGGCCUCAGAGCCCGGCUACUUUGGAGAAGGGAGCGGGGUGUUCUGGAACAUGAAUUUCACGUGCUUGUUGUCAAGACAAUGUUCAAUAGCAAAACCAGUGGUGGACCCGACGCCAUGUGAUCAUAAACGGGAUUAUGGUGUAUUGUGUGAUCAUAUGGUUCGCUUAUGGUUUGAAUCCAAGAGUGACAAGGUAAUCAAAAGGAAUAUAGGUUUUCUGGAAAUCCACCACAGAGAGGAGUGGAUCCCAGUGUGUGGGGAUGACUGGUCAGAUGACAAUAGUAACGUUGUGUGUCGUCAGCUGGGAUACAAAGGGGGCGUGGCUACCGUUCCCACUGAAGAGGUCAUGACUUAUCAAACAGACAUGCCCAUAUUUUAUAAUAACGUCACGUGCGCUGGAAAUGAGACGAGAUUGACAUCCUGUGAGAAUGGGAUAUGGAGAGCGAACCACUGUUCAUCAAACAUAGCGGUGUUUAUACAGUGUACAUAAUCUGUAUUGAAUCUGAACCAUUUCAUUUACGUAACCAGACACAUCUAUUUCUAUAUAAGAAGUUCUAGCUUAUACGUAAAGUAAUAUCAUUAUUUAUUACAUCCACUGUACAUACAUUGUAUAAAAUAAUGUUAAUAGCAGCAGUGGCGGAUCCAGGAAUUUCUGAAUAGGGGGUGCAGUAAAUGUUUAUAUGUCUUGGGGCUGUCUUAAGACCUUUAAUGGGGCCCAGGAGGGCGAAAUCUCCGGGCAAUAGUGAAUUUUGACUAAUAUUAGCGAUAUUGGACAUAUCUGUACCAAAAACAUGGAUCACAUUUGUGAUGGAGCGUGCGCUCGGCGAUAGAUCCGCCACUAAGUAGUUUUUGUCAAAUAUAUGCACACAAAUGUCACUAUGAGCCUUUGAUUACCUUUCGUUGUACUUUGUGUAUAUACAAUGCGUUUAAAACCCUAUGGGGAUGUAUUGUGUAUUGAAAUGAUUUGAGAUCGUGUGUACGAUAUUAUUGACUUGGCGUAUUAUUAAUAAUAGGUUUUAUGUCACUUCUGACUAUGUAUAUUGUCAGUAAUGUCAUGUAGGAGAGUUUGUUGAUCACGAUUGUUUAUUCUCGUGUUCAUGUUAUCUUCAUGUUAUUUAGUUUCUCCUUUGGUUAUACAUUGGUUGAUAACCAAUUUUCAAUGCGAGUGUAUGAUGUGCUCUCUCUCUCUCUCUCUCUCUCUCUCUCUCUCUCUCUCUCUCUCUCUCUCUCUAUAUAUAUAUAUAUGAUUUUAUCUGUCAGUGUUCGAUAAUUAGCAUUUUUACAACUUUGCCGAUGUCAUUAAAAUCAAAAAUCGCACAUACAGUAAAUACACAUUUCAAAUCGUUGAUUAUUUCAACGUGGACAGCAUGGUAUAACAAAAAUAUACCUACGUGGACCAUGAUAUAAAAUUACUAACAGCUAUUACAUUUUUGGGGCCAGGUGUAAUUCAGUACUAGUUUAUGAAACUCAUGUUCAAUUGUGGAGAAAAGAAAUAAAAGUUUAUAUUGGAAAUACACCAUUUAGAAUUCUU